CAAAAACAAAAAAAGCAACUAGGGCAAUAUUAUAAUGAAAAAAAACGCUCGUUAUAAAGUGGCGCAAACAAAUACAACGGUCCUUUCCCACAAGGAAGAUCCGAUCCCAAUGGGAGCGGCUAAAUUGGCCGAUGUGGUUACCAGAUUCAACCGUGAAGAUCACAAACGAACCAAGCACGACUCUCAGUUCUCCAAAUGGAAGGUUCUAAUUGGUCCUCAUGAUUGGGAAGACCAUUCAGUGGGGAAAGAAGGAGUGGCUAGAUACAGGGUUGAAAAUCUCCCCAAAACUGCAAGCUCAGGUCUUUAUGAGCUUGCUAUAAAUAAACCUUCGAGCAGGGACCAUAAUGGCAAGCUUGACUCAGACAAGGUUUUGGUGGUUUAUCUUGGGGAGGCUGAUAAUGUCAGGUCAAGGCUACAACAAUAUGGCCGUACAGGUGCUCACUUGGGCAGAAAUGACUCUGGGAAUAAUAAAGUAUGUGGGUGCUUUGAGGACAUUUUUGCUAGAGGCUACUCGAUUGUUUACAGAUGGGCUCCUAUGAAAAACAAGGCAGAUGCUCGAAGAACCGAAGCUCAGCUUCUCGGUACUUUUGAUUAUGCAUGGAAUAAAGGCUCGAACGGUAUACGUCGUCACGAUGAUAUCCUUCAAAAACUAGAUAAGCAUGCAUCAAAUCUUAUGAAAUUAGCCAAUUUCUCCAAAAAGCAUCUACCCUUCCUUCAAAAGCAAGUGGGCAUCAAAAUCAAAGCAGGCAAGCUAGUUUUGGACAACAAUGAGUUCGGCAAAUACAAAAAUGGAGAGAACCGCAACUUUUUGCUUCAAGUUUUCAACUUCAGCAGAUCCCGGCCUCGGUUGGUUUCGAAUCAUGGUGGCUCCGACGAGAACGAAACCUUCUCUUGUGGGGUGGUUUUAGACGAUGGUUCGAUUUGUAAAAGGCCACCAGUUGAAGGAAGAAAACGAUGCGCUGAACACAAGGGAAAGAAAACUAGAGGGUCUUCCACGAGGUCGAGUACGAAAUCACAACCGCAUAAAGAGGACUAUCCCGAAAUCGAGCAUUGUAGUCCUAUUUGUGGGGUUGCCAUGGAUGAUGGUUCUCUUUGUAGAAGGCAACCCGUUUCCGGGAGAAAAAGAUGUGAUUUGCAUAAAGGGAGGAGAAUUUAUAGCUCCGAUUCCGAGAUAACAAGAUAUCAAACAAUGCCAUAUGCGGUUUUCAAUUCAUAUUCUGAUGAAAAAGCUUCAGUUUUUGAUGAAAAUCAUACAGGGAUGAAGAUUACCACUCUUGUUUCUGGAUUAGACGAAACGAGUCCAUCCCAUGUUUUCGACUCGAAUUCAAGUCUCAAUAGCAACAAUUGUAGUACACCCAUUUGUGGAGUACCUACCUGCAAUGGUACUCCCUGCAAGAGAACAGUUAAUGGAAAUGGAAGGUGUUGGCAGCACUUAAAAUAUAGUGGCAGCCGCAGCAGCAGCAAUGAUUUUACUCCGCGAAACUCGAACAAUGACAGUACGGGUACAUCCAUUUGUGGAGCACCAACUCGCAAUGGUUCGUCCUGCCGGAGAACAGUCAAGGGAAAUGGAAGGUGUUGGCAGCACUGAUAGGUCGAGGCAGGUUGGCCUGAGCAUUGAUCGAUCGAGAGUCACCAUUUUUUAUGUUUCGGUGAGUGCCGGAGCCAAAGGAUUAACUUAACAAUAACAUGAUUAUGUAUUCACUUGGAGAGGCUGCUGUUGGAUUAUGUUGUAGCUUUUGUAUUAUUGUCUUGUGAGUGCCACUGCCUCCCCCUGCGCCCCUCUCCCCCGCACAAAAAUAUAUUUUUUUGUUAUUAAUUAUUAUUCAUAAAUUGUUUAUGUUUAGUGUUUAUGGUUUUAUGUUAAUAUUUUGUGUGGAUGUUUUUUUAAUAA